AUGGACCUGCAAGCCUCGCUGCUGCCCCCCGGCCCCAACGCCAGCAACACCUCGGAGGGCCCGGACAACCUCACCUCUGCCGGGCCACCUCGUCGCACAGGGAAUGUCUCCUACAUCAACAUCAUCAUGCCUUCCGUGUUCGGCACCAUCUGCCUGCUGGGUAUCAUCGGGAACUCCACAGUCAUCUUCGCGGUGGUGAAGAAGUCCAAACUGCACUGGUGCAGCAAUGUCCCCGACAUCUUUAUCAUCAACCUCUCGGUGGUAGACCUCCUCUUUCUCCUGGGCAUGCCCUUCAUGAUCCACCAGCUCAUGGGCAAUGGUGUUUGGCAUUUUGGAGAGACCAUGUGCACACUCAUCACGGCCAUGGACGCCAACAGUCAAUUCACCAGCACCUACAUCCUGACCGCCAUGGCCAUUGACCGCUACCUGGCCACUGUCCACCCCAUCUCCUCCACCAAGUUCCGGAAGCCCUCUGUGGCCACCCUGGUGAUCUGCCUCCUAUGGGCCCUCUCAUUCAUCAGCAUCACCCCCGUGUGGCUCUACGCUAGGCUUAUCCCCUUCCCAGGGGGCACAGUGGGCUGUGGCAUCCGCCUGCCCAACCCAGACACUGACCUUUACUGGUUCACCCUGUACCAGUUCUUCCUGGCCUUUGCCCUGCCCUUCGUGGUCAUCACAGCCGCGUAUGUGAGGAUCCUGCAGCGCAUGAUGUCCUCGGUAGCCCCUGCCUCUCAACGCAGCAUCCGGCUGCGGACAAAGAGGGUGACUCGCACGGCCAUUGCCAUCUGCCUGGUCUUCUUCGUGUGCUGGGCUCCCUACUAUGUGCUACAGUUGACCCAGUUGUCCAUCAGCCGCCCGACACUCACCUUUGUCUACCUGUACAACGCAGCCAUCAGCUUGGGCUAUGCCAACAGCUGCCUCAACCCCUUUGUGUACAUCGUGCUCUGUGAGACAUUCCGCAAGCGCUUGGUCCUGUCGGUGAAGCCUGCCGCCCAGGGGCAGCUUCGAGCCGUCAGCAAUGCUCAGACAGCUGAUGAGGAGAGGACAGAAAGCAAGGGCACCUGA